CCACGCUCGGUCGAGAGCGCAGAAAGAGAGAGAGAGAGGGAGAGAGCAGCGUUUUCCGAGUGAAAGAUACUGUCAUAUCUUUCUCCCGUGUCUCCUUCCCAAUGGCCUCCUAGAAGAGUAGAAGAAGGGCACUAGAAGAACGACAAGCAGUUAGUCCUUUCUUCCUCUCUCUUCUCUUUCUUCUAUGCUCUCUCAAUGGAUUCUGGAGGGAGGAAUUGGCGAUCAGCGGCGGGGGCUGGGAAGAGAGAGAGGCGAGUAGGAGAGGAGGAAGAAAUGAAUACUAGAGUCCGGACGGCGGUGCAAGGCAUGAGAGCUCCACCGAAGCACGUUAAAGAGAUGGAGAAGGAGAAGAAGAAGACUGAGGUGCAGGGGAGUAGAUUAAUGGACGCAAGGAGGGGGCUAAACCGAUGCCAGUCCAGAAGGGAGAGGAAGAUUGCAUUGCAGCAAGAUGUUGAUAAGCUAAAAAAAAAGCUUAGAGAUGAAGAGAAUCUCCACAGAGCUUUGGAGAGGGCUUUCACUCGACCUUUGGGUGCUCUUCCUCGGCUUCCCCCAUAUCUUCCCUCAUAUACACUAGAGCUUCUGGCUGAAGUAGCUGUUCUGGAAGAAGAAGUGGUUCGGCUCGAAGAACAGGUGGUGAACUUCCGGCAAGGCCUCUAUCAGGAGGCCAUCUACAUCUCAUCCUCCAAGAAAACCAAGGAAAGUGCAUCUGAUUCAUAUUGCGAUCCAAACCAAUGUCAGAAUUCCAAAACCAUUGAGCAGGCGAAAAAUUGUGCCCACUCAGCUACUUCUGAAACUGCCAACAUCAGCAAGACUUCGGUCACGAUGAGGUGGUCUUCGGAUGCAGAUUCCGAUGGGCCUUCCUCUAAUCAGUUCGUCAAUGGCGAGCGCACGCCUAAGAAACCAAAUUCUCGUUUGGCCUUGCUGGAGAAUCGCCAUGGAAAGGAGAAUCAACUGAAUACCAACGCCGCUGGGAAUUGCAAGCAAUCACCAGUGAAAAGAGUUUCAAAAAUGAGAAUGCUUGCACCACUGGAAAAGCGCCCAGAUGCUAAGGCAGGGUGCCAAGAAAUGAGUAGAGGAGUGGAAGAGAGCUUCUGUGGUGCUUCAGAUGAAGCAACAUCAGAUGAGUCCGGCAGCCCAAACAAAUUGUCUGAGGAUGUCCUGACGUGUCUUAUAAGUAUUUUCUCACGGAUGAGUUCACCAAAGAACACAGUGGAAGAGCAGGAGAUGUCUCCAUGUGUUUCAGGUUCUUCUGAAAGUUCAGAGGACGCUGGUUUUCGAGACCCUUAUGGUAUCUGUUUGGAAUUUGGAAGAAGAGAUAUCGGCCCAUAUAAACACUGCCGUGCAGCUGAAGCAAGCUCGAUUGAUCCAAAUGUUGUUACAGGUGCUCCAUUACUUACUCGGAGGCUAAAGCUUUUACUCAGAAAGCUUGCAUUUGUGGACUUGUCAGGGCUUACCCAUCAACAGAAGCUUGCUUUCUGGAUCAACAUUUAUAAUUCAUGCAUGAUGAAUGCAUUUCUAGAGCAAGGGAUACCUACUAGUCCUCAGAUGGUUGUCUCCCUGAUGUCGAAGGCAAUGAUUAAUGUGGGUGGCCGCUUGUUCAGUGCAAUGGCAAUCGAACACUUCAUUUUGAGGCUGCCCUAUCACCCGAUACAUCAGGCCUACCCAAAGGGAUCGAAGAGCGACGACAUGAAUGCACGAGGCUUAUUUGGUUUGGAGUGGCCUGAACCCUUAGUAACAUUUGCACUCUCCUGUGGCAGUUGGUCCUCCCCUGCUGUGAGAGUUUACACUGCAUCUCAAGUCGAGAAUGAGUUGGAAAUAGCCAAAAGGGAUUACUUACAAGCAGCAGUUGGUGUAUGUGCACCAAACAAGUUGGCGAUUCCAAAGCUGCUGGAUUGGUACCUGCUCGAUUUUGCAAAGGAUGUGGGGUCACUGAUGGACUGGAUCUGCCUACAGCUACCAAGUGAAUUGAGAAAUGAUGCAGUGAAAUGCCUUGAAAUGGGAAGAAGUGUGAUUCCACAGCCUAUACAAGUCCUUCCAUAUGAAUUCAAAUUCAGGUACCUACUGGCCCCAUUGAAGCCUCUCUUUGUCUCCUCAAUAAUACCAUGUGGUCCACCAAAUUCCAUGCACUGAAGGUUUUUUAUUCACAUCUUUGUAAUAAAACAGGUUGAAAAUGAAUAAAUUAUUUAUUUGUCUGAUUCUGGAAAUGAGGUUUUUGCUCU